CUUAAAAAAUAAAGUUAGCAACUUAGAAAGUUUAUCUAAAUCAAUUAAUUACAUUUUUUACAUUGCAUUCAUGUAUAAAAUCAAGUGGUGUCAACAGAUACUCUGAAAUACUUUUUAGAGUGCAGGUGUCAGUAAUAAUGUGAAAUGAGAUAAAACAGCUUAACUACUGAUUGAGUUCAGCUGGUGUUUUGGCUCUGCAUGCAUUUUGUCCACCUUUCUUUCAUGUGUUCACUACUUUCCACUACUUUGGGUGAAAAUACAUUUAUAGUUGUAUGUGGUUGCAUGUGUGGAUUGCAACAUGUUGUGAAUUUGCUGGCUAUGCCGUCCAAUACAGUGCAUAUACAAACAUUUGUACAGGUAUGACAUGUAUGUAUAAACAUAUAUAAUAUAGACAUGUAGAACAUGCACCACCACCGUGGAAGUCAAGCCGACCAACAGACUGAAAUGAUCAGCUCACCCCCCCAAAACUUUCUUCAUCCUUCCUCGCGGCUGCGACGUCACACCUCCCUAAAACUCCCCACCCCCGUCCCUCCAGUGUGCUGUAGGAGUGGAGGAGCGCGGGUCGUCAUGUUGGACACGCUCAUCUUCCUCCUGGAGAAGUUCUUCUUCUUCUGUUUCUCCUUUUUGUCAUCUUCUCCAUGUUGUCGUUACGUCGGCCACGCGCCUGCUCCUCCUCCUCCUCCUCUUCCUCACGCCGCUGUCCUCCGACGUGGAGACUUAUUGGAGGUCCCACGCACGCUCUUCACGCACUUUGGCAUCUACUUGGGCAACAACCGCGUGGCGCACCUCAUCCCGGACAUCCUCCCCGUCGUCACGUCGGACGCGCGUCUGCUCCGCCGCAAGGUGACAAACACGCGCCUGCUACUCGGCGUGCUCACUAAGCGCGCAAGCGUCCGCGUGGACUCCGUGGAAGACUUCGCCUACGGCGCGCGCGUGCUGCUGAACGCCAUGGACCGCGCCGUGAGCCGCCGCGCGCUGCCUGGCGAGGAGGCGGCGCGGCGCGCCGAGUGCCUGCUGGGCAGCGCCCCCUACAGUCUCCUGUGGAACAACUGCGAGCACUUCGUUACGUGGUGCCGCUACGGUGCGGCGGGCAGCCUUCAGACGGAGCAGUUCUGCCAGUGGUUGAAGUCGUUGAUCCGAGACCAGAGGAACGUGGUUCUGGCGGCGCUGCUGGGCCUCCUCUCCCUGACGUAUUUGGGCGUGUCCUCCGGCACCACCCUGCCCGCCAUCAUCAUCCCCUUCACGCUUUGGAUGGCCAGCUAGAAGGCCUGG